UGGCGCUGUGGGCCGCUUCUGAUCAACAUGGACAGGCCUCAAUUCCCCCCGAAAUUCAGCAAAGUCCUGAUGACACCCGAUCCACAGUACAUACCUGGUUACGCAGGGUAUUGCCCGCAGCUGAAGUACAACAUGGGCCAGACCUACGGCCAGCUGACCCACAAGCUGCUGACCAGCCCGGAGGUGAGGAGGUCCUCCAGGCUGGUUCUCAGUACAGGCUACCCCCAGACCGCUGACAGACUGGACUGGACCACCGACAGACCGGACCUGAUCGCCGACAGACCGGACCGGACCAGCGACCGACUGGAACGGAACAUCUACGGACCGGACUGGUCAACCGAGAGGCCGGAACAGACCGGCCAUGAGACUCUAUUGACGACUCGUCUGCACCGAGGAGAAGACAGAAACCUAGACAACAUGAUCCCGGGAUACACAGGGUUCAUUCCAAAACGACAGAAGUAUUUUGCCCAGACCUACUCCCAGACCUGCCGUGGGGCGCUUAAGGAGUUCACCCGGGACCAGAACACAAGGCUCCACUCGCAGUCCUCAAACCUGCCCGUUCACUACAGGAGCCCAGAGUUUCAGGGGAAGAAACUGUACACCCCUCUGGCAGCCGUUUGCGACGAGCUGCCCCCACCGCACGCUCAGAAAGCCUGGAAGCCACUGGGAUCACCUUACCUCAUGCACGACCAGAGCCCACAUAAGUAUUUUAUCUCAGGCUUCACAGGAUACGUGCCCCAGUCGCGGUUUCUGAUUGGGCGGGGCUAUCCCGCCACGACCAAUGAGGCGCUGAUCCAGUUUGGGAGGGAGAUGCGGUCCGAGCCCAGUUCAUAUGCAGACAUGAGGAGGAAGAGCAGCACCCUGCCCCCCAUCCCAACCGUCUACCCCUCCAGCGACGGCCUGUUGCCCUUCUACGACGGACACGUGCCAGGGUAUAAAUUCACGUAUGGAAAUACCUUUGGCAAGCUUACCCACAAUGCACUGGGGAUAAGUGAUGUGAAAAGGAGCAUUGGAGUGAGGUCGUAGAAGAAAGAUUCAGAAGAAGAAUGUUAUUCACUUCAAUAAAAUGGCUGUAUCAUCGCUGGACCCCUUUACCUGUGACAUAUUCC